AUGGGCAACACACAAUCCACGGUGCGCUACCUUGCGCCUGCAUCCUUCAUCUACGACUUUGCCCUACAACAAUAUGGCAUCUUUUCGUCGCCCAACAUGAUGGAUAUCCAUAACCGGAAUCUUGCAGCGUUUAGUCCAUACCCAUACUUCAUCGGCGCAUUCUUUUUCCCACAACAAAUCUUCCAGCUGGUCUGGUUGUGGAAACUGUGGAAGCAAGAUGGUAAUGCGAAGGAGUGUACGAUGAUGAACAAGUUUGCGUGGGUUUACAGUUUGGGAAACUUUUGCAUCGGAACUUGGAUGUUUUUCUGGAACUCGAAUAACCUGGAGACGUCAAACAUCUUCGUCAUCAUCAAUACGCUGGCGCAAGUCGGUUAUAUCGCCACAGCGCUCGAGCCGAUCAAUACACGCUCAACGCCCAACUUCCUCACCCACAUCGUUGCAAAGACAUUCGCAGGUAUCGGUGUACUGGAUCUCCUUCACAACACAGCAGCAGCCUACUAUGUGGGUGUGGAGCCUAGCUCGCUGGUACAAGUCGCUACCGGUGUUGGAUUCGCUGCGGCGGCGAGUAUGAGCGACUGGAUCUUUGGUGGCUGCUUGGUGUACGAUCUCGUUGCGUUGGCUGUUGGACAGGAGGGUAAUUGGUCAAGGUUGCUGGGCGGAUAUGCGGCGAUGACUGCUGGUAUUGUGGGAUUCAAGAACUUCUUCUAUCCGAAGUGGAAGGCGCAGAGGGAGGGAGGAUACGCGAGGGUUGAGAAUGACGGUGAUGUUGUUUAG